GGCACAUUAAAGAGAAAAUGAAAGCUGAAACCUCGGAGAGAGAAGCAGGCCCGAAUGAUGCAGCUAAACUGAAGGUUGAGAUCUGUGUGGUGAAACAUUUCAAGUUGUUCUCUACUCUUGUUAUCUGGACUGGAAUGAAAACUAAGCAGAGGUCCUGUCCAAUCACAACCAACUGCCCAUUUUGAUUUUUGUUUUUUGUUAACUCAUUCUUUACGUUAUGUAUUGAUAUUAGAUCGAGAUUAGAUUUUAGAUUAUGUAUUUCCUAAUUUUAGCCUUGUUGCCUUACUGUGGCAUUGGUGUAAGCCAUGCCAAUGAUGGCAAUGAUUCUGCCACUGAGACGGCACACGAGGCCACAAACGGCCUUCCGUUUCCAUGGAGCAAAGUCAGGCUCCCUAACUACAUAGUACCCAUCCACUAUCACCUCCUCAUCCACCCCAACCUGACCACGCUGAACUUCAGCGGGUCGGUGAGGAUCGAGAUCGACGUCAAGAACAACACCAACUGGGUGGUGCUGCACAGCAAGAACCUCAAAAUCACUGCGGCGACGAUUCUGGAUGAGAGCGAGGCCCACCAUUCGGAGAAGCAGCUACCUGUGCUGGAGUACCCACCCCACGAGCAGAUUGCCAUUUUCUCCCCCAAAAUUUUGUUCACGGGGGAAAAGUACUUUCUUCAACUUGAAUUUGCUGCUCCAUUGGGUGAUGGGUUUUAUGGCUUCUACAAAAGUACAUACAAAACCAAAACUGGGGAAACAAGAGUGCUGGCAUCCACACACUUUGAGCCCACUUCUGCUCGGAUGGCUUUCCCAUGCUUCGAUGAGCCAAGCUUUAAGGCGAACUACAGCGUUAGGAUAAGGAGGAGUCAGUCACACAUUGCACUGUCAAACAUGCCCAUUGAGCAAACUGUGUCUCUGCAGGGUGGUCUGUUUGAGGAUCACUUUGAAGCGAGCGUGCGGAUGAGCACUUACCUGGUGGCAUUCAUUGUGUGCGACUUCAAGUCUGUCAGUGGAAGAACUGCAUCUGGAAUAGAUGUCUCCAUAUUUGCAGUUCCUGACAAAUGGCACCAAACACAUUACGCCCUGGAGGCUGCUGUGAAGCUGCUGGAGUUCUAUGAGAAAUACUUUAACAUCUACUACCCCCUGCCAAAACAGGAUUUGAUCGCCAUCCCAGAUUUCCAAUCAGGUGCCAUGGAGAACUGGGGUCUGACCACCUACAGGGAGACCUCCCUCCUCUUUGACCCCGACACAUCGUCUGCAUCUGACAAGCUGUGGGUGACCAUGGUGAUCGGACAUGAGCUGGCUCAUCAGUGGUUUGGCAAUCUCGUCACAAUGGAGUGGUGGAACGACAUCUGGCUGAACGAGGGGUUUGCCAGAUAUAUGGAGUUUGUCUCUGUUGAUGCCACCUACCCCGAGCUGAGAGUGGAGGACUAUUUGCUCGACACCUGCUUUGCUGCCAUUGGCAGGGAUUCUCUCAACUCCUCCAGACCAAUAUCCAGUGCUGCUGAGAACCCCACACAAAUUAAAGAGAUGUUCGACACUGUGUCAUACGACAAGGGCGCCUGCAUCCUUCACAUGCUGAGGCACUUCCUGACUGAUGACGUCUUCCAGAGUGGCAUUGUGCGGUACCUGAGGCGCUUCAGCUACCGCAAUGCCAAGAAUGAAGACCUGUGGAACAGCAUCGCCAGUACUUGCAGUGAUGAAGAUUUCACCUCAGGGGAGUACUGCUACAGCAGCGGUCAAGCGUCAAAAAAUGCAUACCGCUACGCCGGGGAACACCUGGACCUGAAGGUGAUGAUGAACACCUGGACGCUGCAGAAAGGCAUCCCCUUGGUGAUAGUGGAUCGGCAGGGCUCGGCUCUGAGGGUGAGGCAGGAGCGCUUCCUGAAGACGGUUCAGCCCAGUGACCCGUUAUGGCUAUCUAUGCAACAUGGCUACCUGUGGCAUGUUCCCUUGACGUAUAAAACAAGUAACUCCAAGAAUACUAUGAGACAUUUGCUGGAAACAAAAUCGGAUACCCUUGCACUGGAAGGAGAUGUAAGCUGGGUGAAGUUUAACUCUGAUAUGAAUGGAUAUUACAUUGUCCACUAUGAGGGAGAUGGAUGGGACACGUUAAUUGACCUCCUGAAGGAAAACCACACAGCUCUGACACAUAAAGACAGAGUCAACCUCAUUCACAAUGCCUUUCAACUGGUCACGGCAGGACGGCUGCCUCUAAGUAAAGCUCUUGACCUCACUGGCUACCUGAAGUCUGAAACGCACAAUGUUCCGCUGCUGCAAGGCCUGGGGUACCUGGAGACCUUCUACAAGAUGCUGGAAAAGAGGAACAUUGUGGAUGUCACACAGAACCUGAAAACUUACAUUCUGCAGUAUUUCAAAGCUGUGAUCGACAAGCAGACGUGGAGCGACACGGGGUCUGUCUCUGACAGGAAGCUGCGAUCAGAGGUCCUGUCCCUGGCCUGUGAUCUUGGCUACCUUCCAUGUGUUGAAAAGGCAAAGCAGCUCUUCAACAGCUGGGUGAAGUCCAACAGCUCAAUUAGCCUACCUACUGAUGUGGCUGAAACGAUUUAUUCAGCUGGGGCUCAGGACAAUGAGGGCUGGUCCUAUCUUCUGGAGAUAUAUCGUGUUUCCUUGUCUGAAGCAGAAAAAGACAAAAUCCUGGGAGCACUGGCUAGCAGCAAAGAUUCUGAUAAGCUGUCAAGGUUGUUGGACAUGGGCAUGGAAGGAGAGGUGAUCAGGACACAGGAUCUGUCCUCAUUAAUCUACACUGUCGCCAGAAAUCCCAUGGGUCACUUUCUGGCAUGGAACUUUGUAAAGAAAAACUGGAACGCACUGGUGGAAAAAUUUCAGCUGGGUUCUUUCUGUAUAAGAAAUAUAUUAAUUGGCACAACAGCACAGUUUUCAUCAAAGGAGGAGCUUGAGGAGAUCAAGGCAUUUUUUGAAUCCGUACGGGAGCAGUCGUCCCAGCUGCAGGUCACUCGGGUGGCUGUGGAGAACGUGGAGAAGAACAUCAUGUGGCUGGAGAGGAACCUGGAGCCUCUGAGAACCUGGCUGCAGAAGCAUCUGCCCUGAGGAGCACCACAUGAAUCCACCAGCCAAUCACAAACAAUAAACACAAUGCUGAUGUCACACUUUUCAACUUCAUGGGGCAGGCCUCUGUCAAACAGCACACAGCCAUUUGCACCAGGUCAGCUGUUUGUGAUUAUUGGGUGGAUCCUCACUUUCAUGCAGUUCUGAGCAGAAAGGUUCCUUUGCUUAACGUACGGUAACUUUGUUACUGUUCACUUAACUGAAUGCAAAUCCUCAGAGUAUGUUUACUAAACACCAUUUUUAUACUGUUCUGAAAACAGGCUCACCACAAUGACUUCUUGUCAUCACAUGAUGUGAACUGUGCUGAGAUGUAGACAUGCAAAUCCAAUGUUCUCCAGCUAAUCAAUCCAAAUUGUAGGGCACAAAAAUGGUCAAGAGGCCAUGGGUUUCCACUCCACAGAUAGAUACAGUAUGCUUGCAAACAAGAAAAUGUUUUCAUUAUGAGGAAACUGAUGGAUGCUGAUGGCAACAGAAAAAAUCCAGUGUCUGAAGCGAAUGUCUGCCCAUCCAAAACGUUUUCUUUCAAAUAUGCUGAAUGCUUAAAAAGAUUUGCUUCUUGUUUUUGUAAUGGCUUGUUAUUUUGCAUGAUAUUGUAGCUGGAGGGGUAAAAAAUAUUAUGUUGCAUUAAAAUCCCAAUAUUGAUGUGUGAAUGCAUUGGUGCUUGAGUGUUGUGACGGUAGCGGGGUUUCAUGUAUAUUCAUUUAGUAUUUGUAGAAUACAAGCUGGGGAACAGAAAAGCUACAGACCACCAAAAGCAUACCCAUA